AUGAACGACGAAGACAAGGUCCACGACAUCUCCAAGAAGAUCGAGCGCGAAAAGGCUUUGAUCAAUGCUGCGCAGGCCAUGCGCCAGCAGACAAACAAUGAGCAGGUCCGCUCCAAGCUCGACACCCAGAUGCGCGAAGGGAGGAGGAAUCUCGAGUUCUUCGAGGAGAAGCUGCGCGAACUGCAGAUGAGGAGACUCGGCCAUGGCGUCGACAACAUGUCGCUCGGUGCCAGCCCAAUGUCCGGCUCCCACCGACAGUCCGUCGACGACUUCGAGGGCUACGGCGCCCCCUCUCCUCCUCCCAAGGAGGACGUACGCGGCCACAGCUCUCACCAGAGUCAGGGCAGCGGUCCUCUGAUGCCCACCUCUGCUCCUUAUCCCGGUGGUCCUCCUGACUCUACUGUUCCACGGGCGCGUCCUAAUUACACGAGGCUCGAUCUAAUCAAGUUCGAUACCCCACAUCUUGGACCUCGCAUCCAGCUGAUGUUGUCCCAAAUUCAGUUCAAGCUCAACGUGGAAGAACAGUACCUAAAGGGCAUUGAGAAGAUGGUACAGCUCUAUCAGAUGGAAGGUGAUAAGAAGAGCAAGCUUGACGCUGCCGCCAAGCGUGUCGAAAGUAAACAAAAGAUUGUCCUCUUGAAGCAGGCACUCAAGAGAUAUGAAGAGUUGCACAUCGACAUCGAUGUUGAUGGUCCAGAUGACGACAGCAUCAACCUGCCAGCCCUUAGGAAACCCCUGAGCGGUACUCUUUCUAUUCGCAUUCUGGCUGUAAAGGAUGUCGACCAUGCGCCCCUCGGUCGUUUCGCUCGCUCCCCCGAAACAUUCAUCGCUGUUAAGGCCGAAGAUAUAGUUGUCGCGCGCACAAAGCCUUCGCGAAACGACAAGUGGGAAGCCGAAUUCCACACUUUCCCGGUCGAUAAGACGAACGAAAUCGAGUUUACGGUUUAUGAUAAGCCCGCCGAGCAUCCCGUGCCUAUCGCCAUGCUCUGGGUCCGAAUUUCGGACAUCGUCGAGGAACUUCGCCGAAAGAAGAUCGAAGCCGAAAUGACGUCCGCAGGUUGGGUUUCGGCAGACCGCGUUGGCUCCAGAGCUCCUCCGCCGCAAUUCCCAAUGGGCGCCCAGAGUCCUCAGUUUGCGGCACCGCCAACAUCCCCUGGAUCACAGGAGCAAAACACCAUGAUCCCACCCCAGGCGCCUCCGCCAUCCCAAGUUGUUUCACAGCCUGUAGACGGUUGGUUCAACCUGGAGCCUUAUGGCCAGAUCCACCUCAGUUUCAACUUCAUCAAGGGGGCUCGUCCUCAGGGCAUGGACAGGCUGGGUCGCAAGGGUGCCGUCCGCCAGCGCAAGGAGGAAGUCCACGAGAUGUAUGGACACAAGUUUGUCCAGAAGCAGUUCUACAACAUUAUGCGCUGUGCGCUAUGCGGCGAUUUCCUCAAGUACUCCGCUGGUAUGCAGUGCGAGGAUUGCAAGUACACUUGCCACACCAAGUGCUACACCAGCGUUGUUACCAAGUGCAUCAGCAAGAGUAAUGCCGAGACUGAUCCUGACGAGGAAAAGAUCAAUCACCGUAUCCCUCAUCGCUUUAUUCCUUUCUCCAACCUUACCGCCAACUGGUGCUGCCAUUGCGGUUACAUGCUACCAAUUGGAUCCAAGAAGAACUCGAGGAAAUGCUCAGAAUGUGCUCUUACAGCCCACGCGCAAUGCGUGCAUCUUGUUCCUGACUUCUGUGGCAUGUCUAUGGCUGUCGCCAACCAGAUCUUGGAGGGUAUGCGAACGCAGAAGAAGACUCAUAAGGAUAAGGCGUCCUCGAUGAGUGAGCGUACCCUUAGGCCGGGAAGCAAAACUUCCAUCUCGUCCGGGUCGAUCGCUCAGGCAUCAACGUAUAGCGGUUCGACUGCUUAUACGUCAAUCGCUUCGCCUGAGGCAACCGAGGCUGCCAAACUCAUGUACAGCCAGACAACGCCCAGGCCAGUCGGCCCCGACAGGACCUCUACCAGCUCAACAACCGCCUCGGCGGCUGCGGCUGCGGCUAUGGCACCAAAGCAUAGCUCUCAGCCUUCGCAAGCCGGUUCGAUACCCGACUUUGGUGGUUCCCCCGGCUAUGGACGACCGGAUUCUCGGGACGACGAGUACUCCGCCCAGCAGCAGCAGGGAUAUGGCUCGCCGCAGCAACGGAAGUAUAACCCGGCGGACUAUGCUAAUAUCGACGCCUACUCAAGCCCACCUCAGGCUCGUCCCCAACAGCAACAGCAGCAGCAACAACAGACACCUCAGCAGGUCUCACCAAUGUAUCAGCAGAAUCCUCAGACGCCUAUUAGCAAGCCUCAGCCUGUGACGCCAUCCUAUGAUAACCAGGUGGUACCGUCCGCCUCCGGAGUUCCAGUUCCGACUAAGAAGCCGCUACCAUCGGCCACUGACCCCGGCACGGGUAUGAGAAUCGGCCUUGACCAUUUCAACUUCCUCGCUGUGCUUGGUAAGGGUAACUUCGGCAAGGUCAUGCUUGCGGAGACCAAGAAGAGCCGGAAGUUGUAUGCCAUUAAGGUGUUGAAGAAGGAGUUUAUCAUCGAGAAUGACGAAGUGGAAAGCAUCAGGUCGGAGAAGCGCGUCUUCCUGAUUGCCAACCGCGAGCGUCACCCCUUCCUGACAAACCUCCAUGCCUGCUUCCAGACUGAGACAAGGGUCUACUUCGUCAUGGAGUAUAUCAGCGGUGGUGAUUUGAUGUUGCACAUUCAGCGUGGAAUGUUUGGCACCAAGCGUGCUCAAUUCUAUGCCGCUGAGGUCUGCUUGGCACUCAAGUAUUUCCACGAGAACGGCGUCAUCUAUCGUGAUCUGAAGCUCGACAACAUUCUCUUGACUCUUGACGGACACAUCAAGAUUGCCGACUACGGUCUGUGCAAGGAGGACAUGUGGUACGGUUCGACCACGAGCACCUUCUGCGGUACUCCCGAAUUUAUGGCGCCCGAGAUUCUCCUGGACAAGAAGUACGGCAGGGCGGUUGACUGGUGGGCAUUUGGCGUUCUGAUCUAUCAGAUGCUUCUCCAGCAGUCCCCAUUCCGUGGUGAAGACGAGGACGAAAUCUACGAUGCCAUUCUGGCCGACGAGCCGCUUUACCCUAUUCACAUGCCCAGAGACAGCGUGUCGAUUCUGCAGAAGCUCCUCACGCGCGAGCCUGACCAGCGUCUGGGUAGCGGCCCAACCGACGCCCAGGAGAUCAUGUCGCAGCCCUUCUUCAGGAACAUCAACUGGGACGACAUCUACCACAAACGGGUGCAGCCGCCCUUCCUGCCCCAGAUCAAGAGCGCGACGGAUACGAGCAACUUCGAUAGCGAGUUUACUAGUGUCACUCCGGUGCUCACACCCGUUCAGUCAGUCCUCUCUCAAGCCAUGCAAGAAGAGUUCAGAGGCUUCUCGUACACGGCCGACUUUGAGUAA